CUUCCGCCAGGCGUUGACCUCUGCGCCAUCCCGGCCGCGGCGCCGCCGGAAGGCCACAUUCCCAACUUUGCCAACCCGGUCGACCUCUCCGUCGAAACAUUGGCUGUCGGUGCUGUCUUUACAGUCGUAGCGACGAUAUAUUUCGUGGGACGAUUGUACACGAACCGGAAUAGGAUGAAAUGGGCAGACUAUUUAACAAUAAUUGGCUUCUGCAUGAGCGCGGCAUACACUGGUAUUAUCAUGGCCUUAUAUCCGUAUGCUCGCCACCAGUAUGACAUGCCAGCAUGCUGGUACACGACCGAUCAUAUCUGGAAGCUCCUGUUUGCCCAAAACAUGCUCCUAGGCCUGACGCAGUUCUUCGUGAAAGCGGCCAUCCUGGUGGUGUUUUUCCAGCUUUUUGCCGUCAACAAGAAGAUGCGCUGGGUGAUCUACAGCGGCGUCAUCUUCUCGGGCCUCAUCUACCUGCCGCACCCGAUCCUCGUUGCCAUCUUCAAUACCCCGCGAGCCGGCGAACGAUGGGCCGACCUGGCCACCAACGGUCGGCCGCAGAUGCUGACGUUCUAUGCACCCAUCCACGGCUUCGGCUCUGUCAUUCUCGACAUCUUCAUCUUCCUCGUGCCGUUGCUCAUUCUCGGGAAGUUGCAUGUGCCCACGAAGAAGCGCCUGCAGCUCAUGGCCGUCUUUGCCGUCGGUAUUCUCGGCAUCAUAUCCAGCAUCUUCUCCUGCUACUGGCGAAUGGAUAUGCUGGUCUCGUCAAAUACCGACUACACCUGGCGCCAGGCCCAGCUCUUCAUAUGGAUCAUGGUCGAGCACAACGCAGCACUCAUUGCCGGCUCCAUGCCCGCCGUGGCGGCCUUCGUACGCACAAACGUAGCAGGGUCGACCUUCGUCUCCUCGCUCCGGUCGCGC